AAAAUUCCCAGCUCCACGGGCCUGUGUCGGCGCCCUAUGCGCUGCUUUCGUGCUGCUGCGAGCGAGGCCUCUUGUCCAUUCUGCUAAAAGAACCACAAGUGCCCACCACCCUCCGUACCUUGUUUCAAUCUCCAAUUAUUCUGCCUUUGCUUCUUAUUCCAGGCCUCACUUGACCGGAUCACGAUAGAGCUUGGCUUCCUUUCAUUUUCUCACACUUACGUCCAUAUCUAGCCAUCCUUUUGCUUUGCACCACCACCACCGCCCUGCAGCUCCUGCACUGUCACCACCGCCAACCACCCGCAACCGGCUCCGUCCUGCAUACAUCCUCUCGCCCCGCGGUCCUCCCAGAAAAAAACAGCCGCGACGCAGUGCAACACAACACAUCGCAGGCCAAGCCGAUACUUUCAAGCAACCCGCCUGCCUUUUCCGUCGGGACAGCUGCUAUAUUUGUCACAGGACACCACACUCCUCUGUGACGGCCCUCGCUUUCGUUCGACGACGCCGCCAGGUACCCCAACCCAGCUAGACUAGGUUUCGGGGCUCUCGUCAACAAAGCGUCAUUGACAAAACCUUAGCUAGAAGACUAAAAAGAUCUUCGAUUGCCCCUUCUUUCCGACAACUUCCAUUGUUACCGUACACAAAGCAUAAACAAUGAAGUUUGGCGACCAAUUGGAACGUGAUUCCGUUCCAGAAUGGAGCCUUCAUAACCUCGACUACAACUCCCUCAAGCAUGAGAUCAAAGUCCACACAACAAAAGACCAAGGCACCGCCAUGGCCAUCCCCGGCCAACCCGAUCUCGCCCUCGGCAGAUUCGAAGACGCCCUCUUCCGCGAGCUUGCCCACCAGCACGACCGUGUCGAUCUCUUUGUCUCUAGCAAAGCCAGCGAAAUCAACCGUCGUCUAGACCACCUCGCCACAAACAUUGAGCGCUUCGCCGUCAAAUCCGCUAACAACGCCGAGAACCUCUCACCACUCCGCCGCCAGCGCCGCUUCGCCAAGUACGAGCGCGACCUGCUCCAAUGCGACACCGACAUCCACUCCCUCUCCCGCUUCUGCUCUGCGCAGGUCGUUGCGUUCCGCAAAAUCCUCAAAAAGUACAAGAAGUGGACCGGCUCAACCACCCUCCAUACCCGCAUCAACCAGGACGUCCUCGGCAAUCCCAAGAGCUUCACCCGCAAGCAGUUUGGCUCCCUGCGGACCAAGCACGAUGAGGUUCUCACCGAGCUGCGCGCCGCGGAACCACCACUCAGCGAGCCCAGCUCACCAGACUCCCUGGUAGGUUCGCCGUCGAUGCUUAGCCAUACCCAGCGUCUCCCGCGAGCCGCCAUUGAGCGCCUCGAGCCUGCGGAGGCGCCGUACCAGCAAAAGUACUGGAACGAGUACGAUGACGCCAGCGAUGCGGGCCACGACGACGGCUACGCCAUCUACGUGAACCCCAACGAGGAGCCUAGCUUUCCUGGCUACGAGUAUGUCGCGGCGCCCUUCCGUGCCGUCUCUGCGUGGUUUGGCAAGGGUCCUAGUAAUGGACAGGCGCCGGAAUCGGCACCGCUGCUCACGGGCGGCGAGAGCUCCCGCGCAGGCUACAUGUCGACAUCGGGGCACACGGAUUCUGAGGAGGAUGGCUACGCCAGCUCUGACGGCAUCCCGUCGUACGGCUUCGAGGCUCACUAUGCCGUCUUCCCCAGCGUCGAUGAGCAGCGCGUCGCCAUGUACCGCAAGAAGACGCUUUUCUGGGGUACAAUUGGCAGCCUGAUUAUCUCGUAUGCGCUGCUGGGCGUCUGCUCUAUUCUCAUUGCGACGGGCAAGCACCGUCUGCACAUUGAGGUGGAUGUUGGCGUUACUCUUGGUGUUGUUAUCAGCUUGUUCUGUGCCUGCGCUGCGCUCGGCAUGAUGCUGUAUCGCAACGACCGCCCUUCUCUCAUCUUCCGCCUUGUCGUGUGGUGUGCGUUCAUGACAUCCUGCAUCCUCAACGGCAUGCUUCUCGUUCUCGUUGCCAACAACACUUCGUGAACAGUCUCCGACUUUCUUCUUCUCUCUCGCACUAUAUCCAACUGCAGUUACAGUUUAUAUUCCGGCACAACAGAUAUUGGCCGUCUUGUUUUUUAUUCAUUGAUUUAUCUUUAUUUUGGAAGGCGAAAUUUAGCGGCGCAUUUUGGUUUUAUUUUACAGUUAUUUAGGGAUCGUUUGGCAAAACGAUGUUGCUACGGGACAGGGAGACAGCGGCGCAAGCGUCGCAUCUCAGGGUUUGCUGUCUUUUACAUAGAAUGAUUGAAUGAGUACAUACCCAAUGAAUUGGAUCGAUUUACAAU